AUGUUUGUGCCUUACGCGGACCCUCGGAUGCCGUACGCACGCAAGGCAGCCUUUGAUCUUGGAAACAACGGAGCAGGAAUCAAUGCCAACAAUCUGCAGCUCGGGUGUGAUUGUCUGGGUCACAUUAGAUAUUUCGACGGUUGGCAUACUACAUCUUCGGGAGAUCCUCUUCAGAUCCCCAACGCCAUCUGUUGCCAUGAAGUUGACGACGGCAUUUUGUGGAAACACACAAAUUUUCGUACAGGUAAUGCCGUUGUCACGCGCUCUCGCGUGCUAAUCCUCCAGACCAUCAUCACCGUCAGUAACUACGAGUACAUAUUCGCUUUCCACUUCGGACAAGAUGCAUCUCUCCACUACGAGGUUCGAGCGACAGGGAUCGUGUCUACUGUGCCUAUUGGCAUUGGAGACAGGGUUGCGUUCGGUACGGUUGUCUCACCAGGUGUGCUGGCGCCAUAUCAUCAACAUCUUUUCUCUUUGCGAAUCGAUCCGGCGAUUGCAGGCUACGAGAACUCGUUGCUUAUAGAAGAAUCGCACCCCAUGCCAGUUCAGGAUCCCAAGGUGCACAAUCCAUUUGGGGUGGGAUAUACAACCGAGACUCAGUUCGUCGAAAACGAAUCUGGUCACGACCUUGACCACACUGUCAACAGGGUUUUCAAGAUUGUCAAUGAGGAUGUAAUCAAUCCUGUCACCGGCGGACCAGUUGGGUACAAGCUCUCGCCGUUCUACAGUCAAUUGCUUUUGGCUCAUCCCUCCUCAUAUCACGCGAAGAGGUCUGAAUUUGCAGCUCACGCAGUUUGGGUCACUCGUUAUCAUGACGACGAACUAUUCGCUUCGGGUCAGCACACCAUGCAAUCUCAGGGUGGGCAGGGAAUUGCCUCAUGGAUUCGAGAGCGCCAGGAGAAGAAAGAAGCCACCAGCGUCAGGAACAAAGACAUGGUCAUAUGGCAUACUUUUGGCUCGACACACAAUCCUCGUGUGGAAGACUGGCCGGUGAUGCCAUGUGAGAAGAUGCAGGUAGGACUCAAACCUGUCAAUUUCUUCACGGCGAAUCCUGCAAUCGAUGUGGCUGUGUCAACGCAAGAUAGGAAUCAGAGCGUUCUUGUCAACGAUAGUGCUACGGCGACAAAGGGGCAUUGCAAAUAG